AUGAAGAUCUUCAUCCUCUUUGCUUUCCUGGGAGCUGCUGUUGCUCUCCCUGCUAAUGAUGAUGAUGAUGACAAGAUUAUUGGAGGCUACACCUGUCCGAAGCAUUCUGUUCCUUACCAAGUAUCCCUGAAUGAUGGCACUGGUCAUAAAUGUGGUGGCUCCCUCAUCAGCGACCAAUGGGUGCUGUCUGCAGCUCACUGCUACAAAAGGAGAAUCCAAGUUCGCCUUGGAGAACACAAUAUCCAUGUCCUCGAGGGUAGUGAACAGUUCAUUGAUGCAGAAAAGAUCAUUCGCCACCCCAAGUACAACAAGGACACAGAGGAUAAUGACAUCAUGUUGAUUAAACUGAAGUCACCUGCCAUCCUGAACUCCCAAGUGUCCACCAUCUCUCUGCCACAUUCUUGUGCAAUUACAGGUGCUCAGUGCCUUGUGUCUGGCUGGGGAAAUACUGUGAGCCUUGGUGGCAAAUACCCAUCACGCCUUCAGUGUCUGGAAGUCCCUGUUCUCUCUGCCAGUUCUUGUAGAAUUUCCUACCCAGGCAUGAUCACCCGCAACAUGUUUUGCUUGGGCUUCCUGGAGGGUGGAAUGGACUCCUGUGAUGGUGACUCUGGCGGCCCUGUUGUCUGCAAUGGAGAGGUCCAGGGUAUCGUCUCCUGGGGUUACGGAUGUGCCAUGAGAGGCAAGCCUGGUGUCUACACCAAGGUCUGCAACUACCUGGACUGGAUUGAAGAGACCAUGGCCACCAACUGA